CCCCCAAGUCAAAUGCAACAGAACCAACCUCAGAUAAGAAUUUGUACAAAGAGUUUGGUUCAAGCUUCUGUUAUAACAUCAGACCAUUGAGAAUACCAAGCCUGGAAAAGAUACUCACACCAAAGCUUCACUGACUAUUUGCCCCACUCAAGGAUGAAUUAACUGGGCAAAUCUAAUAUGCUACAGACCAAGGCAGGAGGAGGAGGAGAAGAAAGAAAAUCAAGAAUACCCAAAGUGGUGAAUCUUUCAGGACUAAGGCAUAAAUGACCACUGAGAGUCAGAGUUUGUGCACCAGAAGCAUGCAAGCCCCCAGCAGCCACCACAGAAGAGCGUGGUGUCCCAGCUUCAAACUGCGAGAGGUGGCAUCCAUGUACUGCACCAUGGUAGCCAUCUUCUUCAUCAUCCUGGUAGCAGCUUUGCAGGGUACAGCUCCCUCAGAAAACCAUUUCCCUUACAAGGUCCCCCUGGACCCUGAGGGCAUCCUGGAGUUGUCCUGGAACAUCAGCUAUACAGAGGAGGUGAUUUGCUUCCAACUUCUAAUCAAGGAGCUAAAAUAUGGGGUGAUUUUUGGGAUGUCUGACCGGGGUGAAUUUGACAAUGCUGAUCUAGUUGUGCUCUGGAGUGAUGGAAAAAAUUCCUAUUUUGGGGAUGCAUGGACUGAUGCAAAGGGGCAGAUCCAUCUUGAUUCCCAACAGGAUUACCAGCUUUUGAAAGCUCAGAAGACUUUUGGAGGACUCUUGCUUCUUUUUAAGAGGCCCAUCAGCACCCAUGACCCUAAAGAUUAUCUCAUUGAGGAUGACACCGUACACUUGGUGUAUGGGUUUCUUGAUGAGCCAUUCCCCUCGCUGGAAGCCAUCAACACAUCUGCCAUUCAGAAGGGGCUUCAACGAGUACAGCUUCUGAAGCCUAACAUCUCUAAACCUACAUUGCCUCCUGAUCUGGAAGAUAUGGAAAUAACAGCCCCAGAUAUCAUUAUUCCCAACCAAGAAACAACAUACUGGUGCUACAUAAAGGAGCUCCCGGAUCACUUUUCUCGGCAUCAUAUUGUCAUGUAUGAGCCCAUCAUUACCAAGGGCAAUGAAGCCCUGGUCCACCACAUGGAAGUCUUCCAGUGUGCUGCGGAAAUUGAGAAGGUUCCACACUUCAAUGGGACCUGUGAUUCAAAGAUGAAACCUGAAAAGCUGAACCACUGCAGACAUGUUUUGGCUGCCUGGGCCUUAGGAGCCAAGCCAUUUUAUUACCCAGAGGAAGCUGGUCUUCCUUUUGGAGGUCCAGGAUCUUCAAAAUAUCUUCGCCUAGAGGUUCACUAUCACAACCCUCUUGAGUUAAAAGGUGUCCAUGACUCCUCAGGCCUCCGCUUGUAUUAUACAUCUAUGCUAAGGCCAUUUGAUGCUGGCAUCAUGGAGCUGGGCCUUGUGUACACUCCUGUGAUGGCUAUCCCACCCAAAGAGACUGACUUCAUCUUGACUGGCUAUUGCACUGAUAAAUGCACCAAAUUGGCUCUGCCACAGUCAGGGAUCCACAUCUUUGCUUCCCAACUCCAUACUCACCUCACGGGGAGGAAGGUGAUCACGGUGCUAGCGCGAGAAGGGAGAGUGACAGAGAUCGUGAAUAGGGAUAAUCACUACAGUCCCCAUUUCCAGGAGAUCCGAAAGUUAAAGAAAAUUGUGACUGUUCUCCCAGGUGAUGUGCUCAUUACUUCUUGUACAUACAACACAGAAGACAGAAAACUGGCGACUGUGGGUGGGUUUAGCAUCACAGAAGAAAUGUGUGUGAAUUACAUACACUACUACCCACAGACACAGUUGGAAUUAUGUAAGAGUGCUGUGGACCCUGGCUACUUACAAAAAUAUUUUCACCUUAUUAACAGCUUCAACAAUGAAGAUAAUGGUAACUACUCCAACUCCUCUGUCAAAGAGCAAUUUGCUUCCGUCUCUUGGAACUCAUUCAGCCGUGAUGUGCUCAAGUCUCUGUAUGACUUUGCCCCAAUCUCCAUGCACUGCAACAAAUCCUCAGCAAUCCGGUUUCCUGGUGAAUGGGAAAGGCAGCCUUUACCAAAGAUCAAGAUGGGAUUAAAAGAGGUUACUCCACAAUGCCAGACCAUUCCAGGACUGUCACCUGCUUCCCCUGCCCUGGUCAACAUUGAUGGGAAAAAAGGCUAGAGGAGAAUCCUUCUCCUCUUGGCCCAAUUCUCAACAGAACUUCUUAUCUCUGAGCCAGAGAAAAUGCAGACCCUGCCCUCUUUGGUCACCCUUGCCCCACCCUUGCUGUAUGGCCUCAUGUUGAUUUGAUGACUAGUUUCUUCCCCUAGCUUAGGACGGUACUGAGAACCUACCAGAGACAUAUUCCAUCUAGUAAGUUGCUCCUUAAGCUUUGGAAGACAGCUGCCUUAUGCAUGUAAAAUGAGCCCUUUGGGAAGCCUUCCUUAUGGAAUUACUUCCAAGCAAUGUUGAAUGUAUAAAGAGCAUCUAUAAGCCAGUACUCCAUGGUUCUCUGCUUUCUAGACCUUCUCUUGGUGAGACAUAUCACCACCCAAGUCCUUUGUAUUUUUACCCUGAUCCCCACAUAUGCAAGACUCUAUGUCUUAGCUUCCUUGGGUUUAUUCAUCAGAGUGUCCCAGUGGGUGAGUUCCAAUACUAACUUAUCUUUUAAGAAACCAACCUUCCCUAUCCUCCCACUGACUGUGAUCUGCGCUGGUUCUCAUUAGGACUUGUCCUAAUGUCAAGAGAUGGAUACAAGCACUACUUAAAUAUUUUCUCUGUGAAUGGCUGAUUU